AUGGAAGUUAAUAGACCAUCAACAAAGAAACAAACUUCUCGUAAAGGUAAAAAAGCCUGGAGAAAAAACAUCGAUAUCGAUGAUGUUGAAAUCAGUCUUGAAGAGAAAAGGGAACAAAUUCGUACAUUAGGUGAAGAAGUUGAUAAAAUUGAUUCAAAUCAAUUAUUCUCUAUUGAUACUGCUGGUGAUAAUAAAUUAAAGAAAAAAGCUGUUAAACCUUAUAAAGUUUUAAAAUCUCAUGAAAUUUUAGCUCAAAGAUCAAAAGCUCCAGGUUAUAGUAAUCCUCAUAAAAAAUCUGAUAAUAAAAUUGAUGGUGUUAAAAAGAAAGAAAUUCAUAGAUUAAUGAAAUUAGCUGGUAGAGUUCAAGGUGAAACUUCUACUAAUACAAUUAUUGAUAAAGAAGGUCUUGUUAAUACAAAUGCUUAUGAUGUUUGGGGUGCUCCAGAAGCUCCAAAAGAUCCAAAACCUGAAAUUUUAGAAAAAUUUAGUGAUAAAGGUUGGACAAAACCAAAAACUUUACCUAAAACUUUAAAAGAGUCUCCAAUUCAAGUUGAAAAAUCUGAAUUAAUUCCAAAUGCUGGUAAAUCUUAUAAUCCAUCUUUAGAAUCUUGGAAAUCUUUAAUAAAUCAAGAAUAUACAAGUGUUAAAGAAAGAGAAGAUAAAAAACAAGCUUUAGAAGCUCAAAGAAUUAAACUUGAAAAAUUAUUAGCAACUGCGCAUCUUAAAGAAGAAGAAGAUAGUGAUGAUGAUAAUGAAGAUGAAGAUGAAGAUGAAGAAGAACAAGAUGAAGAUGAUGAAGAUGCUUAUUCAUUAUCAGUUAAUAAACCUGUGGUAAAUAAAAAGAAAACUAAAACACAAAGAAAUAAACAAAAGAAACAUCAAGAAAGAGUUAAAAUAGAACAAGAAUUAAAAUCAUUAAAGAAACAAAUAACGGAAUUACAAAAAUUAUCAAAUUAUGAAGAUGAAAUAAAUGCAAAAGAAUUACAACUACAGAAAUCUGAUAAAAAAGAUAAAAAAAGAAAAACAAGUAAAUUAGGUACAAAACAUAAUAUUUCUGAUAAACCUGUUGAUGUUAAAUUAUCUGAUGAAUUAACUGAUUCUUUAAGAAAAUUGAAAUCUGAAGGUAAUUUAUUACAUGAUACUAUGAGAGGUUUACAAACUAAAGGUAAAGUUGAAACAAGAAUUCCAGUUGGUAAACGUAGAAGAUAUCAACCAAAAGUUACUGAAAAAUGGACUUAUAAAGAUUUUAAAUGA